UGUCAGUUUUAAAUUGUUAUACCGUUGUGUAUUAUUGAAACAAUCUGUUUAAAAUCUAGACAUUUAUUACAGAACACAAUUUUUAUUUAGAAUGCUUGUUGGAAGUUUGUUAUUAUUUUGUUUAUUAUUGUGUACUGCAGACGGAGAUUCUUCGUGCGAGCAUGCAACAACACCCAAGGAAUCUUUAUGUACUGGAUGUCCUCCAACAUUUAAUGGCCUCCCUUGUGCCUCCACUACACGAUACAACGAUAUGACUAAGGGAGCUUGUGGAUGUGGGGAUGAACCUAAUCCUCCGGAUUUCUGGACAAAAUCGAAAUAUGUUUCCGCAGGGAACGCAAUGCUGAUGGACCCUGAGGACCCCUUGAACUCCUGGUGUCCACAAAACUGUGGAAGAUGUUUCCAACUGUGUUCAACUGGAGGAACUACUAAUGGCGUAUCCCCUGAACCUGGAAUCUGUAUUGUUACCAUGCUGGAGAAUAGGUGUGGGGAUGGUUACCUCGAGGAUAAUGGACCCUACCUGUGUGGACAGGAGUUAUCUCCCUGGCGAUGUAUAGAGGAUCCUGCAGCUUGCCAGGCAAAUAAAGCUACGAAUAUGUUUGGGUAUCCGGCACACUUUGAUCUUCAGGAUGCUAACCUCCAGGUUACGAAUGGUCUUGGUUGGGAUAAUGUAGAAGUAACAUUUGUGGAGGUUUCUUGUGCACAAGGAGACUUCGGAGACUGGAAUACAGAUUGUUAUUGUCCUCAUGCACUGUAAAUAUUGAAUAAAUUUCAUGAUCCCUGUAUCCCUGUACCCCUAAAUGUCUUUACCCUUCUACCCCUGAAAACUUUAUCCCCUGUGUCACACUGUUUCUCUUAAACAUUGUAUCACUGUAAUCCUGUAUCCUGAAAUCCUGCACCACAUUCUAUAUAUAUUCCUGAAUACCAAUGUAUGCCAGUAUCACAGUUACCCUGUGUUCAGGGAUCCAUGUGCCCCUGUAUCCGGAAUCCCUGUAUCCCUGCAGUCCCUGUAUCCCCGUAUCCCUGUAUUCCUGUAUCCCUGUAUCCCUGAAUUCACGUAUCCCUGUAUUCAUGUAUCCCUGUAUCACUGUAUCCCUGUAUCCCUGCAUCCCUGUAUCCAU